CACAGUUCCUGUGACUGCGCCUGACUGGCUUGGUCCUCUCUUUUUUGCACUUCAAGGGAAAGAGGAGAUCUUGCACAAGGGACUCCGGAGCCAUGUCUGUUCUCUCCGGCUGGCUGAGGAAGGGAGCCAUGGGGCCUCUCCAGCUGUUUCUCCUGCUGAUGAUCACAGAGUUGUCCCGAGCCCUCAACACAACGGUGCUGCAGGGUGUGGCUGGCCAGUCCCUGCGGGUGUCAUGUACUUAUGACUCUCUGAAGCACUGGGGGAGACGAAAGGCUUGGUGUCGCCAGCUGGCUGAGGAGGGCCCAUGCGAGCGUGUGGUGAGCACACACAGUGUGUGGUUGUUGGCCUUCCUGAGGAAACGGAAUGGAAGCACGGUCAUCACGGAUGACACCCUGGCUGGAACCCUCACUGUCACUCUGCGAAACCUCCAAGCCAGUGACGCGGGUCUCUACCAGUGUCAGAGUCUCCGAGGUCGGGAGACUGAUGUUCUCCAGAAGGUUCUGGUGGAGGUGCUGGCAGACCCUCUAAAUGACCAAGAUGCUGGAGAUCUCUGGGUCUCUGAGGAAUCAGAGAGUUUUGAGGGUGCUCAAAUGGAACACAGCACCUCCAGGAGCCAAUCAGGAGAGACCUCCUUCCUACCCACUUCCAUUCUCCUCCUCCUGGUCUGUGUCCUCUUCAGCAAGCUUCUGACAGCCAGCAUCCUCUUUGCUGUGGCCAGGGGCAGGCAGAAGCUGGGGUCACCUGUAGUCAGUGGGCUGGACUGCAGCCACGAAGCUGGGCACCAACUUCAGAUCUUGACUGGACCCAGAGAUGCCUGAGAGAACUCCAAGUUGGAGAAGCCCCCUGAAGUUCACCCAUGAGUCAUCCAGUUUGGGUACUUUCCCCCUGGCACCAAGACUUCUGCUAGUUUGGCUUCAGAGGCUACUUCUGCCUAAACCCGCUCUCUCCUAGAAGCAGCAACAAUCAUGCCAAAACCCACCUCUCCCCGAAGCAGGAGUACUCACGUGUUUGUGUGCUAGAAGGUCAGCUGUCAGCUGCGGGGCUAUGGGCAUUAAAUACUCUCACAUACCAACCCAGGACUAUCCACUCUUUCUGGAUGGUUCUUCGCCUCAUAAAGGUCUUCUGUGGGACUAAACUCAUGGUCGUGUUCAUGCUAGGCAUGAACUUACCACAGAAUUUAUGCAUUUGGAUGAGAAAAAGGGAAAAAAAUACCUUACUUGAGGCCUGGGGUCCAAAGAUAACUGAGUUUCAUUUUUGGUGCUGUGGUACAAAAUACUGACCAAAAGCAAUUUAGAGGAGAAAGGAUUGAUUUUAGCUCACAAUUCCAGAUUACAGCUCAUCCCAGAAGGGAAGUGGAGGCAGCAGCAACUUCAAACACCUUGUCACAGUGCAUCCGGUCAGCAGCGGGGAGGGAAUGGAUGCAGACAAUACCUGUGCUCAGCUCCUUUCUGUAUCGUUACCACUAACACAGCCCAGGAGCCCCUCUCUGCUGAGGGAAUGGUGCUACCCUCAGUGGACUGGGUCUUUCCACAUCUGUCAACAUGUAAUCUUCCCACCCCUCAGACACUCCUGUGUGCCAGCUUCAUCUAGACAACCCCUCAGACACGCCUGUGUGCCAGCUUCAUCUAGACAACCCCUCAGACACGCCUGUGUGCCAGCUUCAUAUAGACAACCUCUCUUUGAGGCUUCCUUGGGUGACUCUAGAUUGUGUCAGAAUGAGAGUUAAAACCGACCACCGCAGUACCAUGUCUUCCGUCCCACAGGCUCCAGCCAGGUCGAUCUUCUCAGCCUCAUCUCCCUUCCCUAAAUUUGAUCACCAAGCCCUUCUGUGGGAGAGCUGCUCAUCUUCUGACUCCUCCCCUCUGGCAUUCUCUCCAUCAGCUCCUACAGUUGCUCCACUCCCAGCCCCAGGCUCCUUCCUCUCCACUCCCACUUGUGCCAUUCAGGACCGGUCAACCCCCUGACUCAUCCUCUCACGUCCCAGAGCUGUACUUGCGUCUGCAGCUUCCCCUCUGGGCAACGACAAAGACUGAGCUACAGUAGCUGAGCUGGGCACAGUCCACGCCCCUGGACGUACUGAGAGGAAAUGAAGGCUCGGGGAAGGAGGGGACACAUUCGCCACCUCUAGCAGAGCCUGGAAAUCCAAGUUUCCCUCCACAUUCUCAGCACCCUUCCCUCUAGCUCUGUCCUGCCAGCACAUUUGUGGACAAGUGCAUUGCAACAUGUUCUGAGCGUGAUCCAAGCCUCGGGGACACAGUGCAAUCCUGCGCUAGAGUUCUUAUUCUAGGGAGAAGAGCUGACGGGGUGGCAGUAAACAUGGUAAAGGGGUUUACAUCCAAAGGCAAAAAGUUUUGAUGAAAAGUUAAAAAUAAAGCCAAAUAAAGAGGAGAUGGAAUGUGCCAUUUUGAGCAGGACAGUCAAAGGGGACCCCUGAAGGAAAUUAGGAAAUACAUGAGGGCAUUGUGGGCAGGAAGAA